UUAUCAAAAAUUACAUAAUGUCUGCGAAAUUUGAAGUGAUCAAAUAUAUGUUGAUUGGAUCAAACGAGGUUGGUAAGACUGCCUUUCUAACUCGAAGUUGUGAAAACAAUUUUGACUCUAAAUAUGAAGAAAGUAAAGGAAUGGAUUUUAAAUCCAAAAUGAUUGAAGAUGAUAAAUACAAGCUUUGCAUUUUUGAUACACCUGGAAGUGAAAAGUUAAGAUUUGCUUCAUAUGGAUUCUAUAAAUCAGCUUUUGGUUUUAUUUUAAUUUUUGAUCUUACAAGGCCUUAUACCUUAGCAGAUUUGAAAGAAGAUAUGACUAAGAUUGUAAUGCAUGCACCUUAGAAUGUCGAAUAUAUAUUAGUUGGAAACAAAUCUGAUCAAUCAGACCAUCAUUAUUAUCAAGAAUCACAAGAAGAAGCACAAAAAAUGGCAAAUUAAUUACAUAUUCCAUAUUUUGAGAUUUCUUGUAUGACAGGAUAAAAUGUAGACUUAGUAAUUGAGGAUCUCACAAAAAGAGUUUUGGUUCAAAUGAAAAGUGGAAAGUUGAGUCUUUCAUCAGCGAACUAGGCAUAAAAUCAUUUGAGAGAUGAAAGAAUUAAAGCUGAAGGAGGAUGUUGUUGUAAGAUUUAUUGAAUUUGUACAUUUUAUUGUAUAUCAAUUUUAUUUAUAGAAAAUUUUGUUA